CAUGGCGCAGGGCUUGGCAGGGCCGCUCUGAGCCCCUCGCCAUGGCCCUCAGGCGGCUCCUGCAGCAGAACCACAACGCCAACGCCGUGGGCUGCAGCCCCGACGGGGAGCAGGCACUGCCCACGGCCGGGCGGAGGAUGCAGCACUUGGCCAGCACGGUGGGGACGCUGCCCCGCGGGCGCAAGCAGCUUGCCUUAGCCAGAUCCAGCUCCUCGGGUGACUUCUCCAAGCCACAAAGACACCUCGUUGCAAUAUUGAAAGAAGAUAAAGAGACGUUUGGGUUUGAAAUCCAGACCGUUAGGUUUCCAAACCAAAAUGAUUUCUCCUUGGAGGUGUGCACUUACAUCUGCAAAAUUCAAGAGGAAAGUCCUGCCCAUCUCUCUGGCCUACAGACUGGCGACAUCCUCGUCAGCAUCAACGGCGUCAACACCGAGGGCUUUGGUCACAAGCAGAUAGUGGACUUGAUAAAGUCUUCAGGGAACUACUUGAGGUUAGAGACGGUCAAUGGGGCCUUGUUCCUGCGGAAAAUGGAGCUGGAGGCCAAGCUGCAGGUACUCAAGCAAGCGCUGCACCAGCGGUGGGGGGAGCUGCGGGCGCUGCUGGCCCGGGAGCGGCACUUGCUGCACGGGAAGGCGAACGACAACGCUCUGCUGGGCGCGCUGGACCUGGAAGAGCCCAGCUCGUGUGGCGGCUGCAGCUCGCCAGGACCCCUCUUCCCGAGCAAGCCCCGCUUCUCCAGCGAGAGCAGCUCCCGCAGCCGGCUGAGCUCGAUGACGGUGGGCAGCGAGGACAGCUUCUUCCAGGGCAGCGCCUUCGAGGACUCGGCUGCAGAGAGCCUGAGCCGCCAGUCCAGCGUGGACGAUGACUGUGUGUUCCCCAGGGACGGGGACGGUGCUGCCGGGAGGUGCUCCCUGCGCAGGAACCGCAGCGUCAGCCUGGCCAGCAGCGGCUCCAUGUCCCCGCUCUGGGAGAGCAGCAGCUACUCCAGUAGUUUUGGGACCCUCCCGCGGAAAAGCAGGAGAGCCAGUGUCCGGAAGCAUCUUUUGAAAUUCAUUCCAGGGUUUCACCGGGCGGUGGAAGAGGAAGAAAGCCGUGUCUGACGUCACACGUGUCACCCUCGAUGUCUGGGCUCUGCCCGUGGGACCGAGGCAGCCCCUCGCCCCGGGCACUCCGUGGGUGAAGGGCGGUGGCACGGCAGGGCACUCCUGCAGACAACAGCACUGAUGAGAUUUACACAGCUCUGGGCGUUUAAUUAUUUUCAUUUUUAAUCAGGGCACGCUGUGGACCUCUUCAUUAACGUGAGAAAUGUGAAGAACCUUUGCAGAACUUCCUCAGCGAACUUUAGUGUUAAUAAGAGUUUUUAAUUGAAUGCGAAAUUGAUAGCUAUUUAUUUCC